AUGGAACGUCGAAAGCAAGGUAUCUUGAAUGAAUCACAUCGAACUAAGCAUUGGGAUCUUAUAUCAGUCUUUCUGGAAAGUUUUGGCCAAAUUUUGUGUUUUUCAAAGGUGUCGCGCGACGCAAGUGGUCAAAAAUUGUCGGAACCACUGAUACGAUUGACCAGCAGUGUGCAGAUCCUGAGAAAGAGGCCGAGAUUUUUCUUUUUUUGUCUGGCCACUCAGUUGGCUCGCUCUCGAGUAAGUUCUGGGAUCUUCUUGAGCUGAUCGAGAAAGUUUUUCUGCGUUUUCUUGUUGUUCUGGCCAGUUUUCGUAUUUUUUUAGCUUUGCGUCCAUAGGGUUAUUAUAAUUUAAUGUUUUUAAAAAUACAAAGUAAUAUUAUUUUAGCUAUGCCGGAGAUUAGGUCAGCCGAGCAGCUGAAAGAACAAGGUAACAAGAACUUUCAACGUGCUGAAUAUCAAGAUGCUAUUGAUGCUUACACAGAAGCGAUUCAAUUACAACCUGAAAAAGAGCUCAAGAUUGUGUUGUAUCGUAAUCGAGCUAUGGUUAGACUAAAGAUUGAAGAUUUUGAAGGAGCUGAAAGCGAUUGUGACAAAGGUAACGUUAAUUUUGUAGUUUUUAUGUUUUUAGUGUUGGAAUUGGAUGGAGCUGACAGUAAAGCAUUGUAUAGAAGAGCCUUGGCAAGAGAACAAUUGGAAAAAGUUGGCCAAGCUUUCAAAGAUGCUAAAGAAGCGGCACGGCUUCAGCCUGGUGACAAGUAAUUUUUUCUGUGAUUUUCUAUCUAGUGGCAUGAAAGGAAUGAAUCAUGAGGAUAAUUUAUAUAAAAAAUAAUGCUGCUUUUUUACAACUUAAUAUGUGUUAUGAUAAAAUUUUAGAAAAAUUAAGGAAUUAUGUGAACAUCUAGUCAAGUUGAACACAGAAAAAAUGAAGUUGGCCAAUUCAACAGAGAACCGUGUAAAAGAGAUGUUGAAGAUGAGUUUUAAUGAGAAGGAUGACGAACAAAAAAAGAAAGCCAUGAACAACUUACUCGUUUUGGCUAGAGAAUCUGAAGAUGGAGCUAGAAAAGUAUGGCAAGCUGGAAUGAUUGUAAACGAAUUGCUGAAUGUUGUUAAAGACAAGGACAAUUGGUCGGAAGAGUUGGCUACAAAUGCUUUGCAUAUUUUGGAUGAGCUGAUCAAGAAAAGGGAAAGGGUAAGGAUUUUUGUUGUAUUUUGGUAAAAAUAGAGACAUGAAGUUUGGUAUUAACUUUAGCUUUACAUCAAAUCAUUAAAUUUUGUUGUGUUUUAGGCAAUGAAACUAAUCGAACUAGUUCCCAUCCCUGUCUUGACAAGGAUUGGCGCCCUUCGUCCUUCUAAAGAAUUUGUCGAUGCAGCUCAAAUUGUAAUCGAAAGACUCUUCAGUGCUUUGGCUGCCAUGGACCGGUCGAAGAGCAUAAAGCCAGAUCCGGAAGUGGCAGAACAGAACAAACUACACAUAAUCAAAUUGAUUUUAGAGUUGGAGGAAAUUAUGACUGAUCCUCAAUAUUCGGCACCAGUACGAGAAAUGUGUAUUGAUUUGUUUUUGAAAAAUCUGAUGCACAUGGAUGGUGGAUUGCCUCGAGGCUGGUCUUGGAGAUUCGUCGAAGAUCGAGGACUUUUGAAACUAUUGCACGUCGCUUCGCAAAUCCCGGAACAAUGCGAAUAUCCUGUUAGUGCUGAAACGAGGCAGCACGUUGCUCUUUGCUUGGCCAGGUUGUAUGAUGAUAUGGUUUUCGACACCAAGCGGGCAAUUUACAGCGAAAAGGUUGACAUGUUCUUUAAGUAAGUUAAUAUUUAUUUAUAAUACUUUUAUAUUUUACAAAUAAUAUACCUUUUAAUAUUUUCAGUGCUUUAAUGGCCAAAAUUAGUGACGAAGCUACACAAAUCAAGAUGUGUGCUUUCUUAAUUACCAUGCUACAGGUAUGUUUUACUAGAGGAUAUUUUUUAUUGCUUUUUAGGGUGCUGUUGAUCUCGGAAUGAAAUUGGUUACAAACGAUGCCAUAACAGCUUUAAUGUUACAGAUGGCUGGCAGUUCUAACAAUUUACAUCAGGUAAAAAUGUCUUUAAUAGUUGUUAAGUUAAAUUUUAGAAAACAGAUUAAAUAAAAAAUUUCAGAAAAAAUGAAGCUUUGAUAAAAAUUCAAAAAAAAUUGAAGGUCAGACGUCAAAUUGAAAUAAUUUUUUAAUAUUACAGUACAUCGCCGUAGAACUUAUUGUACAAACCGUAUCGAAACAUGAACGUGCUAUGGCUGUGGUGACAAACGGAAUCCCAGUACUUCGCAAGCUGUUUAACUCGGAUGACCACAAUGUCAAAGUCAGAGCGUUGGUGGUAAGUCUCCUUUAUUGUAAUAUGAAAACUUUUCUGGAGUAAAAUUGUACUAAUGGAUUCAUAUAUAAUAUAUAACCAUUUAGGGUUUGUGUAAGUGUGCAUCAGCUGGAGGCGAUGAUUACAGUAAGCAAACUAUGGAAGAAGGUACUACAAUAACUUUGGCCAAGACCUGCAAAGAGUUCUUGUUAGACACAGAAAAGUACUCUGUAGAUGUCAGAAGAUUUGCUUGCGAAGCCUUGUCGUACCUUACACUCGACGCAGAUGUCAAAGAACUCAUUGUUACGGAUGAAACUCUCAUCAAAGCAUUAGUAUCAUUGGGAAAAGUCGCCGGUGCUCUUUGUGUAUUCACUUUGGCCAACAUCUACGUCAACCUCACCAACUCGUACGAAAAACCCAAGGUGGAGGAAGAAUUGGUCAAACUGGCCCAGUUUGCCAAACACCACGUCCCAGAAACACAUCCUUUGGAUACAGAUGAGUAUGUAGACAAACGUGUCAAAGCUCUAGUCAAAGGUGGCGCCGUUACUGCGUGUGUAGCUAUAUCAAAAACUGAAAGCAAAAAGGCCUUGGAAUUGUUAGCACGGUGUAUGCUGGCCUUUUGUACGGAUCAAGAACUGUGUGGUCAGAUUGUCAGCGAAGGAGGAGCGAAAUUACUUUUAACGUUAUACAAAGAAGCCGAUGGGGAUGGAAAAGUCAAAGCAGCUCACGCAUUAGCAAAACUUGGGGUAGCUUCCGAUCCCAACAUAACUUUUGCCGGCCAACGUAUGUAUGAAGUUGUGAAACCGAUGGCUGAGUUGCUACAUCCUGAAGUUGAAGGUCUAGCCAACUACGAUGCUCUGCUAACCUUGACCAACCUUGCCAGCGUCAGUGAUUCCGUUCGGAAACGAAUUAUGAAGGAGAAAGCAAUCCCGAAAAUUGAAGAAUUCUGGUUCAUGACUGAUCAUGAACAUCUUAGGGCGGCCGCAGCUGAACUAUUGUUGAACAUGUUGUUUUUGGAAGAGUUUUAUGAAUAUUCUAUUGAAGUAGGUUUUUUUUAAAUUUUCAAGCAACAUUUUCAGAGCUUUGUUGUUGUGAAAUAAUCACAAUUUUUCAGGGAUCAAACGAAAGAAUCAAACUAUGGGCGUUGUACUGUGACGAAGGUGAAGACCGGCUUCAACUAGCUUCGUCAGCUGGCUUCGCCAUGUUGUCUCAAGACGAAAGAGCUGCAAAAAAGUUCCUUGAAGAAAUCAAAUCUUGGCCGGAACUUUUUGUAGAAAUUGCCCAGAAUGAGCAUCCAGAAGUCCAACGGAGGUCAAUCAUGGCCAUUGCUAAUAUAGUGGAACAUUCGGAGUCACUUGCAGCUCAAGUCAUGGCGGUAGGUGAAAAGAAAACCCGUUGUUUAGGGAAGUGAAAGGAUAAAUGAUGGUUUUAUGCUAACUUGUUACAUCAAAAGAAGAAUAAUUCUUUUCAGACUGAAGUGUUCAAGAUUCUAGUUGCUGUUUGUAAGGUAAAAACGACCGGAACUGAACGUGAAGGCGCUGUUAAAGAAGCACAGCGUGCGUUAGACGCGGCCGAACGCUUUGGAAUUAUAAAACCAACCGACAGGGAAAUAUUCGAGAAGAAAAGUCAACUUUCAACCGUGCCUGAAGUGUAA